UCAGUCACUUCUCGAUGUACAGUGAGUGAAUGCGAAAAACUUCUGCCUUUGUUGCAGUUUUCGUUUUACUGUAAUGUUUUUGGAUUUUCAUCGCAUCCGAUAAGAAGCGUCUUGUUGAAACACUUCGGCAAUUAUGUCCGUAAACUGCCAAGCAGCCGUUCAGGGAGGGCAGCCCGGUGCGUUCAGGGGCUAGCUGGCCAACUGUCCCACCUGUGGAAGGUGACAGCUGACCUGGCUGCUGGGAUGCUACGGAAGAGCAGCAGCAGUGGUGGCAGUGGGACCAAGCAAACCCAGGGCCAGCCGGGGCCCUCCUCCAAGCCCCAUUCAGAAUCUCCGCUGGCUUCCUCCACCAAAUCCUCGACCAUGGGGCGCAGCAGCAGGAACCCGAACCUCCUGGGCAGCAUGGGACUUUCAUCUCGCCUGAUGGGGGCCCCGGGCGUGGACCCGGACUACGUGAUGCAGCUGGUGAAUGAUGUGCGGUGGUUUGCAGACGUCCUACUCAACCUCAAGGAUGCUUUCCAGCCUAAAGAGAACCUGGAAUGUCUUCAGGACCUUGUGCAAGAACGCCUGGCCGAAUUGCUUCGUGUCCUGAAGGCUGUAAUAGGCAAACACCAGACCCUCAACUCGGCUGACAUCCUUGGAGCGGCUGGCACCGUCAUAGCCAAAGUCAAAGGCAUUAACUUCAAGGAAGUGAACCAAGAAAACAGAAAAGCUAUAUUCAGCGAGAUAGACACAUCCAUUGACACUUUGGCAUUCACAUUUGGCAAUGUAGUUUCUGACUUCCUUAUGGGAGAUGUGGACAGCAGGCCAGGGUUGGGGAUCCCCCAGACCAGGAGAAGCAGGUCUUUUGACAACCUCUCUGUGGAUCCUGAGCAGUAUGUUCCAGAGAAAAGUGAUCUUGUGGACACAGAAGUACAACUGUCUCGAGCGGAAGAGGCUGACCUGACGCUGCUGAAGAAUGACAGUGGGGUGGAGUCCGCUCUGCUCUAUGCUAAGGCCUGGUCCAAGUACAUCAAAGACCUUUUGGCCUGGAUGGAAAAGCGUCUGGCCAUGGAUAUCGAGUCUGCUAAAGGAUAUGUAAAGAUGGCUGAGUCUGCAAAGGCCCUGGCCAGUCAACAGGACUACAUGCCAUUCAGUGAUAUCUACGUUUCCUCAUUCAAGAACGACAUUGAAUAUAACCAGCUUCUAAUUCAAACUGCAGUUGCUCUGCAAACCAAUAAAUUUAUUCAGCCUCUGCUGGCUCGCAAGAAUGAACUGGACAAGCUGAGGAAGGAAAUCAAAGAGCAGUGGCAAAGAGAGUUAAAGAAAAUGCAAGAGGCAGACACAACCCUGCGUAAGGCACGUGCGUUGAAGACCCAGAGGAGAGAAGAGUACCAGAAAGCCCACUCAAACCGCUCCCAGGAGGAGCAGUCCAAUGCUGGCCACAAACAGCUGGAGAAGAAGAGGAGGAUUCAGGAGGAGGCUCUGCAGAAGGCAGAGGAGGCGCAGGACCAGUACCAGAGCUGCAUGGCUGACGCAGGCGUCAGAAAAAUGGAUCUGGUCAACGCCAAGAGCACCAUCCUCACACAGAUACGAGAGAUGAUCUUCCAGUGUGACCUAACUCUUAAAGCUACACAAGCUAUGUCCCUCCCUACUCACUACCAAGCCCUAAGUGAUAGUGCCAAGCUGUAUGAACCGGGGGAAUGCUAUGCUGAGUUUGUGCGGAACCUGCCCAAAAAUCUGCCAAAGGAGCACCUUCGCAUAGACUCUCUCUCUGACAAUUCCAGGUUUGUGUUCAACAAAAGGUCAGUGGGAAGCACUCACUCCUCCCAUGGCAACCUGUCACAGGCAUCGAACAACUCCUGUGACGUGUCCUGUGGAGAUGAACCUGAGAACCCUCUACAUCGGUCUGUAAAGAUCAGUGAGCGGAGGUCCAAUAGCAGCACAGACAUACGAGCACUAAAGAGCCAGAACCCGCUGAGAGCCUGGGCCUCCAGCAGUCAGGGCAGCCAAGGUGGGAUGUGCAGUGACUCAGAGAGCGCUGGAGGCAGCAGUGAAUCAAGGUCUAUGGACUCCCCUACGGCCAGCCCAGGUGACUUCAAACGACGGUUGCCCAGAACCCCUUCCACUGGGACCAUGUCUUCAGCCGACGAUCUGGAUGAGAGGGAGCCCUCACCCUCAGACAAUGGGCUGGCAGAGAUGGUGACUGAGACGGCGAGCUCUCCCGGCCCAUUCCGAAAUGCUCAGAUGUCCAAAGCUGCUCAAACCCACAAGUUAAGAAAGCUACGAGCCCCAUCGAAGUGCAGGGAGUGCGACAGUCUGGUUGUUUUCCACGGAGCUGAGUGUGAAGAGUGCUCCUUGGCUUGCCAUAAAAAGUGCCUGGAAACACUAGCGAUCCAGUGCGGCCAUAAAAAGCUACAAGGCAGGCUACAGCUGUUUGGUAUCGACUUUGCCCAAGCAGCGAAAAACAGCUCGGAUGGUGUCCCCUUCAUCAUCAAAAAGUGCACAUCAGAGAUUGAGAGUCGAGCCCUCAACAUCAAGGGCAUUUAUCGAGUGAAUGGUGCCAAAUCACGUGUCGAAAAGCUCUGUCAGGCGUUUGAAAACGGGAAGGAUUUGGUUGAGCUGUCCGAGCUGUCGCCUCACGACAUCAGCAAUGUCCUCAAACUCUACCUGAGACAGUUACCAGAGCCUCUCAUCUUGUAUCGAUUCUACAACGACAUUAUUGGCUUGGCCAAAGAAUGUCAGAGGGUCAUAGUGGAGGAGGCUGAUAAAAAUCGGAGUGCGCCACCAGGAGAGAAAGGAGUUACAAGCAUCCAGCUGAACAGGGUUAUUUUCAAGAUCAGAGACCUGCUCUGCCAGCUGCCCCCAGCCAACUACAGGACUCUGCGCUACCUCAUCGCUCAUCUAAACAGAGUCACCGAGCAGGCGGAGGAGAACAAGAUGACCGCGAGUAACCUGGGCAUCAUCUUCGGCCCGACUCUGGUUAAGCCACGGCAGAUAGAUGCAGAGGUGUCCCUGUCCUCUCUGGUGGACUAUCCCUACCAGGCGCUGAUGGUGGAGCAGCUGGUGCGACACUUCCAGACGGUCUUUGAUGCAUCCCCCCUGCCCAGCUCGGUCCUCACCUCCACUGGCCAAGCAUCUCCCAGACUGACCCCGCAGGAGAAGGUGCAGCAGCUCAGCAGAUACUCCACCUCCAUGGUGGACAUAAAAGAGAAUGCCAAAGUGUACAAAAGAUACUCCUCAGUGAUCCCAUCAUCACACAUCCUGGACGAGAUGCAGGAGGUCCAGCCAGGAAAAGACAGAUCAGAGGUGUCAGCCUUGGACAGACUCAACGGGAUCCAGACGUCCGGUGGGGCAGAGGUCCAGAGGUCGACCUCGGCGUUUGGCCCUCCCAGUACCAACAUUUCCCCAAACAGCGCUCUGGCACCAAAGGUCCAGCUGCGCACCCAGCAGAGCAGACACGGGCCCCGACCAAUCAGCAUGCCUCUGGAGCGCCUGCCCACCCUGGCUCAGAUCAGGGAGAGGAGUAAUCAAAACAGUGCUGAUACUGUUGAUACUGGCUCCGAGCGGGACGGCAUCGCUGAGUCCAUCCCGGAAGUGCCAGAGCCGGAGAAGGCUCGCCAGAGCAGCUCGUCCAGGGUGAGCACCUAUUACAUCACCCCUUUCAUCGACACGCAGACCAUGCAGAGGCGGACGUGGGACAGGAAGUACAAACACUAUGACGUUACUCCCAGGACUGCUAUGAUAGUGGCCAAUCUGCCACCCGCCAGCUCUGGAUUGCAGCCCGUAAAGGCAACAUUGCCCACCCAAGCGGGACCGACCACAACCACCGCCUCCGUGCUCCCAAAUACACGCACGGUGACCACGGUUUUCUCCAGCAGCUCCCACCACGUGCCGGUCAAGCACGUCUGGACUUCGAAAAGGGAAAAAGACACUGACGGCUCAGGGGGCGGGUCUAGCAGCUCCCCAAACUUUCCAUUAACACUCAGGGCACCUAGGACUCUCCAGCCCCCUCCCGGAACCUUCUACAACCCCUCAGUUUCCAUUAACAGCAGAGCUAGGACUCUACCAAACUGGACUACCACCAUAGCCACCAUCACAACGACCACCACCACCACCUCCUCGUCUCCUACCGGCCCCCCCCCUGCAGUCCACCCGCCCCCUGCCCCUGCGAGCCCCACUCAGACCCAGCUGCAGACGCAGGCCUCCGCAGACAGUGCCUCUGACCCCGGGGUCUCGACCUCCACCACCCUCUCUCCCCCCCAGUCGCCACCACCCAGCAGCCCCGACGACCUCAGCCCCAGCGAGAGCAAGCCCAUCUACCAAAGACUGAGACCCCGCAGGCUGCAGGAGCUAGAACACAGAGAAGCUCAUUUUGUCUGACACCAAAAAACCCAUGCUAUCUGUAAAUACGAAUAUUUCUGCGCAUGUAGUCUCAUCAACUAGCAGAGAACGGGAACAAAAUGUUGAUAUCCAUAUGAACCAUCAAAGUGUUAGAAAUACUAAUAUAUUCUAUUUUACAGGUCAAGUCUGGGACAACAGUUGUUGGUUAAAAAGGAGCAAAUACUUUAAAUUCUGAUGCUAAAAUGAAUAUUGAUUUUCAUAGUCUUCAAGCAGUUUAAUACAAAUUUAGAUUUUGUAUCAAAGAAAAGAACAAUGGGAUGGAUUUUGAUCAGUUCAGAACUGUGAGCCUAUCAGUUUUCUUGUUCCGUAUGAGAGCUGCUACAUAGACAAAUGUUAAAUGAUGCACUUAAUGCAUACUCUGCUUCUAAUGAUGCUUCUAAUUUUAAAGAUCAGUGGAUGUUAUAUUCCACGAGGAGAAAUUGAGGUAUUUUUAACACGACGUUCUUGAUCAUAAAUAUUUUUUUUUUUACCUAAAUGUGUCCACUUUAGCCCAUGAUUGGUACAUUUUCUCUGUAUGUAAGCCUUACAGUAUGUAUUUGUUUACGUUUUUAUAUUUAUUCGUACAUACUCAAUGUUUGUCACACUAUUAUGGGCGCCUUUCAGAGUUGUGAUGUUAUCAGAGACAAGUGACACGCAACAGUUCAUGCUGCACAUUAAAAAUUCAUUUAAACUUA